GUCAAAGGACCAUCCAUCAGUGACAGAACACAGGCAGGACGGCAGCAAAGAGUCCGAGUCGUCCGAUGACACGACGAAUAAUGGCGCAAGGAUGGACUGAUAACGUUUUUCUCCCCAUUCACCCGACCACUGAUUCUUUACAGAGCGUCAGGAACACAGUAACGGAGAGGCAGGUGCUCAAAAGAAUAGAUGACCUACAUAGUGAACAAAUGGAGCGAAUUAAAAACGUCACCAACCCGUUGGGCGCUGUCAAUGUAAUGUCUCAGGUUCAAAGGUUGCCCAGACGCAGAGUUACACGGGGACUAAAAUUGGUUGCACAAGCUCCAACAGCCGGGCUUUCCACCCGUCGCUUUGACCUACUCGCCACUCGGAAGGGUAAAGCUGAACUGAAAAGGCAGCUUGAAAAACAACAAGACUCGGAAAAACAGGUGCGGGUAGAUUUUGCUGAAACAUUGCAGUUUUGCAAGGGCCUGAUCAAACAGAAGAGUAAGCUAAUUACUCAGCAGGACCAUCUCCUUCGAGCGCUGAGCAGAACAAUGGAGAUCAACAAAAACCUUUCUUGGGACCUGAAGAUGAAGACCAUUGAGUUCAUCUCCCUGCAGGAACAGGCUAAGAAAGCAUAUGAGGAAGACAAGAGGAAUAUGACAGAGAAGGUGAAGAAAAUGUUUCGCCCAGUCUUUAGAGCAUUUACAGCUCAGAAGAAUGAACUGAAUGCGCUCAGACAGCAGAUAUCAAGACCGCCGAAGGGAUUACCUGCAGACAAAAAUGGCAAGGAACUGGAGUGCAGUGUCUGCAUGGACAGAAAGUCCUGUAUAGUCUUUGUCCCGUGUGGUCACCUCACCACAUGUGAGGUCUGUGCACAGGCUGUGUACUGGUGUCCAAUCUGCUGUGGCUUCAUUGCACAAAAAGUGAAAACCUACAUCAGCUAAGGGCUGGAUCUGAUUUUUUAAAUGUCUCAAAUUAAAAUAUGACUUUUGUUGUUAAGUUUUUAAAUGUGUAAUAUUAAAAUAUGACUGUGGAGAGGGGCGUGGUGCACACGU